AUGCUUCGGUCGCGCUUCCCUACCGCACAUCACUUUACAGUCUCUCUGUUUGGCUGUCAAUACCAGGCAGAAUCACCCAGUACAGCCAAACUAGACCUCAUCAACAAGUUCGAAGACCUCAUCAAGGUUGCAGCUCUCCACGUUGAGGAAUUCGAACAAAAUGAUCUCCCCUCCAAAAUCUGGAUGAGCUACUGGCGCUCCCCACAGUCGUUCAAGUCGUGGUGGACCAGUGAUGAUACGUUGUCAUUUUGGAAUUCUCUUCCUGACGACGCCGGUUUCUGGAGAGAAACAUUCAGUUUGCCUGCAACCAGAGCCAUGUAUGAGUCUAAUGCUGAACAACCAUCCGGCUUUGGGCAUUGCGGGGAAUCUAUCCCUCUCACCGACAAGACGGGGUACUGGGGAGCAUAUCGAUCACGUAUGACGCCUGACUCUCCCGAUGACAAAUUCGCGUCUUCUCUCUCUACUCCACCAGAGCCGAGGCCAUUUACGACCAAGAUCCGAUACGGAAGGACGAGAAUGACCAAGUUCCCCGACAAUAUCUGCGUGGUAGUCGAAGGUCAAGACUACAGUCUCAUGCCAGAUAAAGAACGCGAAUACUGGGACGAGAACUUUGCUGGCCUCACCAAGCAAUGGGUCACAAAUGUUGUCACAGCAGGCGCCAAGCAAGGCAUGGUAUCUGCAAGAGCAUGUCACGGAUUCUCGAGUGGCAAGGUGCUUGGGGCAACGAGCCACAGAGUCGGCCAACCCACAAAUGAUUCUGCCUUGUUCCCAGGCCUUCAUUAUAUACGCCAGGCCCAGAUACUCUUUUGGCUUGACCUUUCCAAGAUGGAACAUCUGGGGCGUUGGGACAAAGUCCAUGUGAAGCUGAGGAGAAAUUUCAUGACUGCAUAUGGCCCUGGGGGUGCCUGUGAGGGCGGUGAUCUGUUGCUCUGGGUGGACCUUGGGAUAUUGAAGGGUAAUGAAAUCGAUGCCGAGUAUGUCGGGUGUUAUGAUGGAACUGGCUUUUUGGCGUACGAUGAGCACCCAGAGUUUGCGAGCGACUCGAAGAUUGGUACAGAGUUGACGUCAUUUUUUGAUAAACCAAUCGAGUCGAAACCGAUUGAUUGGUAG